AUGGAUGCCCCUCGCACAGCCACUAUUAAACGAAAGACAAACGAAACAGACAUCAAGAUAUCUCUGAAUUUAGAUGACAAGCUGAAUCAGAAGAUCGACAUCAACACUGGCAUUGGCUUUUUAGAUCAUAUGUUGCAUGCUCUUGCCAAGCAUGGUGGUUGGUCCUUGAGUGUUAGCUGUAAAGGGGAUCUUUGGAUUGACGAUCACCACUCUGCCGAAGAUACGGGUAUUGCUCUCGGGAUGGCUUUCAAAGAAGCACUCGGUGUUCCCAGAGGUAUCAAGCGUUUUGGCUCAGCUCACUGCCCGUUAGACGAAGCACUUUCUCGAGCAGUUGUUGAUAUUUCAGGACGUCCUUUCGCCGAUGUGAACCUUGAUUUGAAACGUGAAAUGAUUGGACAGCUGUCGACGGAAAUGAUCCCUCACGUUUUAGAAUCCUUUGCUGGUGCUGCGGGUAUUACUCUUCAUGUGGAUGUGUUGAAAGGCAAAAACGAUCAUCACAAGGCAGAGUCUGCAUUCAAGGCGUUGGCCGUUGCUAUCCGUGAAGCUACCACAAGAACGGGCACCAAUGAUAUUCCUUCCACCAAGGGAGUUUUAUAG